AUGUUUCUGCGUGCCCUGAUACCCCAAUGGCUCCUGGAAGCUCCAAGGGGUUUAUCGACUCGCAAACCAGCCCUCAUUGGAAUAGAUGACCAGCCUCUGCCGCAAAAUAGCCUAAUACCCACCAUCCCUGACAUUGCUCUGUUUCCAGCAGGCCUGUUCAUCUACGGGUGGUCUUUGCAAUAUCACGUACACUGGAUCGUUCCAACCCUUGCUACCAGCCUGUGUGGGUUCUCUCUGGCUUCCAGCACGACCCCAAUGAUGAACUUUCUUGUCGAUAUCUUUGGAGAUAGAUCUGCCUCAGCAGUUGCAGCUGUCCUGCCGAUGCGAUACCUCAUGGGAACGUUCCUACCAGUUGCUGCGCCCUACAUGUAUAAAUCUCUUGGAUACGGCUGUGCAAAGUCAUUGCUCGCUUUUAUUCUUCUCGUCAUUGUGCCGGUUCCACUACUAGCGAUUGUCCAGCCGAAAGUCAUUUCAACAAUGCAUAGCAUGGAGGCCUACAAAAAGUAG